GAACCAGUCGGCCGCAGCGCGUGCUUCUGAUCAGCCGCGAGCCAGGUUCAGUGCGAAACGCGCUCUCGAACUCGAAGGAUCCUUCGCCUCCUUUGAUCUCCCACUCGGCUGAGAGGCAAAACGAAAGACAGACACACGGAGACCGAGAGAGAGAAAGAAGGCUUUCCCUAGCCUGAAGAUUGGUGGAACUUCUCGCUACCAGUGGCAACAGUACCACACUCGUCGAUCCGUUCUUUAAUCUCGAUGAGCGCCGAUCUCGGGGCUGGAGUGUCACUUCCUCGGCCACCACUGUCGGACCUGCUGCUAUUCAUCUAGCGGAUCUUAGAAACUCAACGGGAUACGCGAUCGUCGACGGGAUGAUCGACAGGAUCAUCGUGGCUGUCCUACUUGGACUGCUAGGACUGAGCUACGGUUUACAAUGCCCAAAGCAAAAGACGUCUCCGGGGCGAGAAGUCGUAUGUUACACUUCCGUUUCCGACGUCGAACAGCUGACGAAUACAAUCUGCAGAUGCACCACGCUGGUACAUCAAGGAUAUGACGUGCGAAAUCUCUCGACUUCUGGUUUCGAGAGCUUUCAAAAAUCCUUGAAAGGGAUCAAUCCACCUCUUCAGUUCGUGAUUUCCGUGGAUGACUCUGGGAAUACGCUCAGAACUUCCGGCACAGUCCGUCAGGAGAUCAUCGCUCGUCUGAUGGGAAUUUUGAAAGAGGUCGAUGGAGUAGAAUUAAACAUGACAGCAGGUUCGAAAGAACGUUUGGUCCACUUCGUGAAGGGCUUGAGAGACGAAUUCGUGAGGAAAUCAUACGACAAGAGGAUCUUUUUGGUUUUGCCAACGAAACCGGAAGAUCUGGCGAAGCAGUUUGACUUGAAGGAACUCUCGAAAUACGUGGAUCUAUUCACGGUCCCGACGCAUUACUUGGUGGAGGAUGACGAGGACUAUCACACGUUUCAUCCGUCACGAUUGAUGGGACUCUUCGACAUGUUCAACACGGAUAGCCUGAUCGACUUGAUCAGCGGAUUGGGAGCGCCUAAACGAAAGAUCCUGGUGUCGGUACCAGCCAGUGCCUACAAGUUUAGUUUGAAGGAUGAAGAUGACAAUACUCCAAGGUCGUCGACUGUGGAGAGGCAGCCGGUUAUCAUUGAUCAGAAACAGCUAUGCGAUUCGAUGAGCAAAGGCGAAUGGACGAUUGAAAGGGACGAAGACUUAACUGCCCCAUAUGCCUUCAAGAAUAAAACCUGGAUCGCCUUCGAGGAUAAAAUUUCCAUUGCAAUAAAAGGAAAAUAUGCUCUGCUCCGGAACUUGCCAGGACUUGCAAUACGAGACGUGCAGAACGACUUUGAAACUAAGUGCGGCAAGCCGCUUACGCAUGAAAUUCAUCACUCGUUCACAGAUUUUAAGAGAAAAUCAAGAGCUGCUGUUCUGAAUGCUUUGGAAGACGAUUUACAUCAAACUCAACUCACUUAUCCGACUAAAGUCAAAUCAUCCGAAUUUCGAGUUGUUCGCGUAGUCGACACCGAAGGACAUAUUCGAGUAGCCCGCGAGAACACUCAAACUGAGUUCACUUGCUCAAGACAAGGCUACUUCGUUCAUCCUAAGAGUUGUAACAGAUUUUACCGUUGCGUUAAAUUUAAUCAAGAAGUAGAAGACUAUUCGGUCUUCGAGUUCGACUGUCCAGCGGGUUUGUCCUUCGACGAGAGCACAGAAGUUUGCGUUUGGCCAGGAUCACUGCCACAAGGAUCCCCGUGUCCUGGAAGCAGUGAAAUCGCACCUGUAGCUCGAGUAAGAUUCGAAUGUCCAUCCAAGCCUGGUUACUAUGCGGAUCCUCAAAAUCCUCGUUGGUUCUUCGCCUGCAUCGAUUUAGGAGGCCCCCAAAUGAUGGCAUACGAAUUCCGUUGUCCAUUCGGAUUGAUCUUCGACGAAGAGAAGUUUGUUUGCGAGUGGCCUUGGUUAGUGAGAGGUUACUCUGAUAGUGGUUAUACAAGACCAGAAUACGACUAUUCCGGUGGCCAAUCUAGCGUUGGCACUGGUGGUUACUUUACUGGAGCGUUGCCUCAAGGACAUGGAGGUACAACAGGAUUCCAAAACGGAGUGUACACUGGCACGACAGUUGGUGUUGGUUAUUCCAAUACUGGAGCGACUGGAGUAUAUUCGGGUCAUUCUGGGUUUUCUGGAGCAGCUGGCGUUGGAUACGAUGGAUCUAACGUUGGAGGUCAUGGAUCGUUUGAUCAGGGGUCGACUGGAUACUCUGGAACAGGUGGUGGUGGAUAUUCUGGAUCAACAGCGGGAAGUCAUACAGGAACUGGAGGUCAACAUGGAACUGGUCUUGGAGGAUACAGUGGAUCAGGAUCAGGAUCAACUGGAUACUCCGGAUCAUCUGGCAAUGGAUAUUCUGGAACAACGACAGGAGGUCAUGUAAGCACUGGUGGUCAACAUGGAGUUGGCCUUGGAGGAUACAGUGGAUCGGGAUCGACUUCAGGAAGUAACAUAGGCACCGGUGGUCAGCAUGGAAGUGUUCCUGGAGGGUAUAGUGGAUCAGGAUCAACUGGAUACUCUGGGUCAACUGGAAGUGGAUAUUCUGGAACAACAAAGGGAGGUCAUGUAAGCACUGGUGGUCAACAUGGAGUUGGCCUUGGAGGAUACAGUGGAUCAGGAUCAACUGGAUAUUCGGGAUCAACUGGCAGUGGAUAUUCUGGAACAAUAGGUAUUGGUGGUCAGCAUGGAACUGUUUCUGGAGGUUACAGUGGAUCAGGAUCAACUGGAUAUUCCGGAUCAACUGGAAGUGGAUAUUCUGGAACAACGACAGGAGGACAUAUAGGCACUGGUGGACAGCAUGGAAUUGUUUCUGGAGGUUACAGUGGAUCGGGAUCAACCGGGUACUCUGGGUCAACUGGAAGUGGAUAUUCUGGAACAACGACAGGAGGACACAUAGGCACUGGUGGUCAACAUGGAACUGUUUCUGGAGGUUAUAGUGGAUCAGGAUCAAUUGCUGGAAGUCAUGGAGGUUCGACUGGUUCAGGAUAUACAGGAUCCGCGAAUACUGGCUACUUUGGAUCAACGAAUGAAAUAUACACAGGCUCAGGUCACGCAGGAUCUGCAGGCACCGAAUAUUCAGGAGUAACCGGUACCGGUCAAGUAUCCACGGGCUCAGGAUACGCAGGAACAGGAGGUACUGUGCAUGCAGGAUCAAACGGAAUUUAUAGUGGAGGAGCUGGCACAGGAUCCCAUUUCCCUGGUCAAGAAACUGAAUCAGGAUAUUCAGGUUCUACGAUCGGUAUUCACGGAGGAUCCACAGGUGGAGGAUAUUCGGGAUCUACAGGUGGGGGAUAUUCAGGAUCGACUGGAAUCAGUUACACAGGAUCUGGAACUAAAGGACAAGGAGGAUCUAGCGGUGGUGGAUAUGCAGGAUCAACGGGUGAUGUCCAUAGAAGCUUUUCCGGAUCGGAUUACACUGGAGGAUAUGCAGGAUCGUCCAGUGGUGCUUACGCAGGAUCUACUGGUGGAGGAUAUUCAGGAUCAUCGACUGGUGUUCAUCCUGGAUCCGCUGGAACCAGUUACACAGGAUCUGGCACUAAAGACUACGGAGGAUCUACGGGUGGAGGAUACUCAGGAUCAUCAGCUGGUGUUCAUCCUGGAUCCGCUGGAACCAGUUACACAGGAUCUGGCACUAAAGACUACGGAGGAUCUACGGGUGGAGGAUACUCAGGAUCAUCAGCUGGUGUCCAUCCUGGAUCUGCUGGAACAGGUUAUACGGGAUCGACUCCUGGAGUAUAUACAGGAUCGGGCAAUGUUCAUCCAAGCUCUCCUGGAUCGGGUUACACUGGAGGUUAUGCAGGAUCCACUAGUGGCGGCCAUGCAGAAUCAACUGGAACAAGUUACGUAGAAACUUCUACUGGCGGAUAUUCAGAAUCAACGGGACCAGGAUACUCGACAGGAGGUCAUGGCGAUUCAGGAGUAAAAGGUGGAGGUGGACAAAGACCUGGACCGAUUUACGUACCAAAACCGGACGGGCCAGUCGUCGAUUGUGGUCGAAGCUUCGAUUGUCAAGGGUCUAGUCAGCAAUCAGGUGGUCAGUCCUAUAAUACAAACGGUUACUCUACCACUCAUGGUGUUUCUACCGGUUCAGUGUUUCCUGGACAAUCAGUAUCGACAACGUACUUUGGCAAUUCUGGAACUAAGGGAUACGGAGGUACAUCGUCCGGCACAACUAUCUACCACGGUGCAAAUGGAUAUCCAGGUGGCUACAAAGGACCUCCAGGCCCUGGGGAUUUAAAUACCACUCUAGUUGGAGGUCAUACACUUACCAUCGGAGGCAUAACGUACCACGGGUUCGGUACACCUUCUGUUACCUAUGGAACAGCAGGAACCCCUGGAGCUGGAGCUGUCAUAACAGGAAACAGCGUUCAAGGAACAAUCUUAACAGGAGACUCUUCUCCAGGAAGUGUUAUCACUUACGGAGACACUCAAGGCACAGUCAUCUCAGGAUCUUCCGAUCAAGGCACCAUAGUAACUGGAAGCAGUCAUCCAGGAUACGUCACGUCUGUCACUGGUACACCAGGCUACGUAGUUAGCGGAGGGGUCAAGACUGUGUACACUGGUUCAAGCAGUCACGGAACCUCAGUCUAUGGAACACCUGCCCCUGGAAUCCUACUGACAGGACCACCUGAUGCUGGAACUGUUCUACACGGAGCUUCAACUCCUGGAAUUGUCCUAACUGGUCAAACAGCACCUGGAGUGACGCUUGGUGGAUCUGUCCAACCUGGAACGAUUAUUGGCUCGACUGGACAUGGUAUUUCUACAGGAUUCUCGCAUCAAGGAGGCUUCAGCACAGGUUCCACCUACGGAACAGGAAUUGGCAGCGUACCCGUGACUCACGACACCGGGUACAAGACCAACGAGUACCAUGAUAACGGAGGUCGAGGUACUAUCAGAUUCAAUAACGGAGACGUGACUACAAAGUACACAGAAAACGAUAUCCCAGACUACAGGCCAGGUGGAGGUUUCCCUCCAGACUCGAUCAUCCCUCCAGGGCAUAGCACAGGUAUUCCCGGAACACAAGUGCCAACCGGAUUCACAAAAACAGGAUCUACCAAAACAGGUAUCACGACAGCUUCCUUGGGUGGUCACGGUAGCUACGUGAUCAGCACGGGGAAACCUCGACCUGCGACUAAUGCCGACCACAUUGGCGCGAAGGCGUUCGAAGGCAACGUGGCGGGUUACACGAAGACGUCAACUGAAAGCAACAUCCAGGUUUAUUCAGGACAAACCUCAACGCAAUCUCAGGAUGUAAAUCAUAUCGAUACCUCUAAGAUUACCUUCGGUCCGUCGAAAUCAGGCUACUCGUAUCCCACGCCAAGUAUUCCAUUCCAAACUGGUGUAACAUCUUCCGCGGGGAUUCCCAUUGCUCCAACCCAAGGCAGUGUUCCUACCGUGACGACGCCGACUCCAUUCUUGAGCGUUGAAAUGUACAAGUCACCGAAAUUCGGUGGUUUCACGGGUUCAUCUGAUGUUGUGAGCACUUUCAAUGGACCCACAGGCGGAGACUACCAAGGGAAAGUUCCGUCUGGCUUCACACGUGAAUCAAUUUCAACUGUUACACCCGCGGGUUACACAACUGGAUCGUUGGACAGUUAUAAGGCCACUAGUUUCGAAUCGUCGAAAAUUCCGAUUAUAAUAUCCACGGUUCAGACGGCAGUUGACACUGGGUAUAAGACUCUUGUGUCGUCGACGCCUGGGCCUGCGACAGUGAAUCACGAUAAAUUUAGGGGAAAUAUUCAAGAUGGAAAUACGUUUAGUCAGAGUCAGUUCGAUUUUGGAACGAGAACCUCUCAACGUGGAGGGCAGAACGGUUAUGUUUCCAGCACGACGCCUUCUUCGGUGUUCGGAGGAUCGUCGACGUAUUCUAUUAAACCCAGGCCGUUUGGAACGAGCACUUCAAGUCCAUUCGUCACCGAGCAACCACAGACUAAUUACAUCUCUAGUACGUUUGGUUCUGAAUACGUCGAAUCGACUUCGAGGACCUCGUUCGAUCAGGUGACACCUGCCAGUAUUUCAGAUUCACUGAAACCACAGACUCAAUACUUGCCAACCGAUUACAACUCCCCAGGCGUCGGAGUGACCUACAGAAAACCAUUCACAACUCCUGACAUCACUUAUCAGCAAUCAACACCGCUCACACCCGUGACUCAAUCCGGUGGUUCCCCGUCAGGCGUGGACAUAUCCAGAGACGAAGUUGGAAAAUUAGUCACAAAUUACAGAGGCAGCACGAAGUACGUCCCAAGCCAAUACGACGUGUACACGCCAAUACAAAGUACCUCGAACGCUCGAGGAGAUUUCUCCAAGAGUCAGACGUCCUCCUUGUCGACUUUCGGACAAAGUUACGGCUCAUCGACGUCGGCACCAUUCGGAAAAUCGCAGUCGUCUCUCUCGCGUGGUUACUCGACACCUUCUACCAUCGUUUCAUACCAAACUACUGCCAAGUCCACAGCCGUAGGAAAGAGUAAGGUAAUCGUGAAGUGGAGCGAUCUUCAUCCUCUUCUUCUUGGCAAGCUCGGAGCCGAGUGCACCUGCAAGGGAGAUCCCUUCGCCAAUCUCCGAGGACCAGGCUCCAAACUGAUAAACUCGUCCAGAGGCAAAGUGGACCUCUCCAACUACGACGAUUCCGAGAUCUACGUGGAUCUCGAGAAGGAUGUGUCCUACGAGGACGACGAUUACGUGACCAAUUACGAGUCCUCGUCGAAAGGGCCACUUAAAAUCUGGACGGAGGAAACGCCAGCUCCUGGCUUCCAGUACUCUACAGUUUCUCAGAUUCGAGAGAAACCUUCGACAGCUUAUCUGCCAAGCGUGACUCCGGACUCGGGAUUCCGUGUUAACGUCCCGUUAUCACCGCAGAACCUCAUCGGAGGAACUUCCAGUCGAGGCUUAGCGAGCAAUUUCAGGUCUGGUAAGAGUUUGAACAAUAAUGGAGCCACCACGAACUCUGUCAGCACUGGCGGCGCCUCUUUCGAUCGCUACGGACCUGGAGGACUUCGAGACUCCGAAGAGGUCCUCGAGGGUGCCACCAACUGCGCCAGACCUGGCUUGUUCCGACAUCCUAACUUCUGCAACAAGUUCUACGCUUGCCACUGGGACGAAUGGAAGAAGAAGUUCACGCUUCACGUGUUCAACUGUCCGGUUCACCUGACGUUCGACAACGGCGCCGGCGCUUGCAAUUGGCCGAGCAUGGGGCCAGCCUGUCAGGACGAUAAUUUGUUAGUUUAGGUGGUUCGCUGUCAACGGACAGCCAAUCGAUCGCUGACACUGCGGCAUUUUAUUGUAUACCAUUUUCUUUAACACGUUGAUCGCACGUAACCUACAUAAGGGUGACAAGGACUUUCAUCAAAGAAUUAAAUUAAUUAAUUCUGAAGGUGAUGUAUUAAAGAAUAUAAAUCUGGAUAGGAUUGGUAAAUUCUAAAGGAGUUGCAAAAAUAAGCACUAAAUAAGCACAAAUGUUGGAUUACAUAAUAUCUAAAUGUGUAAGAACAAAAUUGUAUUCUCGUAGGAAUUUUUACAUGUCAGUCUGGCAGUCAACGUGUUAAGAAUGGGAAGUUCGAUUGCAUCUCAAGUCUACGAGGCGUCGAAGAAAUUGGGGUAAAUUCGUUGCCAUCAUUAAAGCCAUAUACAUAAUUUAAACCAUUAAUUACUUCAACGAAAAUCGAAUUACAUUUGAAUCAGAAAUGUAUUCUUCAGUUUAAACAAAGAAAAUUAAUUCCAUUACCUCAAUGUGAACUUUCCUAAUGAAGUGGUUUUCUAUAAUUAUUAUAAUUUACGACUUGUCUUUUCUAAAACUUGUUUAAUAAUUGCGCGUUCACCAUUCUAAGCACACGCAUUCCUCGACAAUGAAACUAGGCGUGAGAUAACGUUUAAUUAUAACGGGGUAACGGUUUACGCUCAAUUUCUUUGCAUACCUUCGAGGCCCGCGGAAUGAGUAUAACAGAAUGCUUUCUCGAGGUAACGAGGGCCAAGACAAAGAAGAAGAAAGAUCCAAGGCGAUCGAGGUACAGCGACGCGAAAGCACACUGUCCAGAGUGAAAGUCAAGUUGUGCUCACCGAUCCAAAUCGCGGGAACUCGAUGGCGUGCGCCGAUUCGAUGUCGCCGGGAAUCAUUGUAAAUAACGUCCCCCUCUGCUCUUCGAAAUUUGUAAAUACCGACUCGCUGCCCUCUGGCAAAAAAGGAAAGAAAAAAAUAA